AUGGUCGCCGAAAGCUUUCAGAAACAAUCUGCCCUGGCACUGCUGGGAGGGAAGAUGAACCCCUUUUGUGAGGAAUUUGAACACUCAUGGGCGGAAACCUCUGCUUCGACUCCUGUUGGCCCGCUGCUUAGGGUCUGGGAUCCGUGGUCCGGCAGCCAACCGGCCAAAUCAGGCCGGAUGCAGGCGCGUUCACCCCGCAAGCCUUUGGAUUUGCGGGAGAGCCGGAAGGAGUCACUUGCAAUACACGCUGAUUAUAAAAUCUGGGAACCAACGCCAUUUAUAUCCUUCACUUCGUCGAUAGAAGGCCUUGAAAGACUCAUCUCAAAACGACACUGGCCGGAAAGCACUGCAAGAACAUUAACUGUUGUUAAUCCAAACGCCCGUCUUGCAAAGGGUCUCCCUAUAGUCGAGAUGAAAUCGGAAUUGGAAUACUAUAAUAUCCCAGACCGAUACGGCUGUUCAUAUAAUUAUUACAGAGAUGAAUAUCUCUGCCUGUGGGAGAUCACACCGGAAGAGGUUGUCCAACACUGGAACUGGGACGAGCUCUGCGAGAAUCCACGUUGGUACGAGGACGAGAUACAGCCUGCGUUUAAUCAACACAACUGUCAUCUUUUAGGCAGAAAGCCGAACCACAGCGCAUUCAAUAUGUCAAUGCUACAUGAUGCUUUACCGAGUGUCGCUCAGACGGUCGAAAUGGAGUCGCCCAGAAUGGAGACGCCCGAAAUGAAGAUGCCCGUCCUGGAAGACGCUUGA